AUGCGUUUUGCUCAUGCCAUCAUCGUCGCCUUGCUGGCCCAGAAUGUCGUCUCUUACGACACUUCUCUUGGCUUCAAGACACCCCAAGUUAACGAGAACCGCAAUAUCGACGAGAUCUACCAAGCCGCCCUCGCAGAAGGCGGAGUAGUCAUCUGCUGGCACGGCGGUGAUGAGGUGAAUCAACAAGACGGCCUCAAGGGUGCCUUUGAGGCACGCUUUCCAGGCAUGACACUCAACGUCACGGUCAACCGCCCCAAAUAUCACAGCGUCAACAUCGACAAGCAGCUCGCUUCAGGCCAGCCUCUCGAAGUCGACACAAUCAUUCUCCAAGCGCUUCAGGAUUAUCCUCGCUGGGAUGCUCAGGGAGCGCUUCUACACUACGCGCCGAGAAACUACAUGAAGUACGGCUUUGCCAUGAACGCGUGGUCGACCGUCUGGAACACGCAGAAGCUGGCGAACCCGCCACGCGAGUGGCCUGAUUUUCUGAAGCCGGAGUACAAGGACAAGAUCGUCUUGACGCACCCGAGCGAUGACGAUGCGAUCGCAUACAUCUUUGACCUCGUGAUGAAUCAGUGCGGACCCGAAUGGUUCGAUGGCCUCUUGGCUAACAACCCCCGCUGGGUUCGCGGCACUGGCUCGCCUCUGGCCGUCCUCCGUCAGCCCAACAGCACGCAGUCUGUGACGUUCACCGCUAGUAUCGGUCUCCGGGCCUCGGGAAGCCUCAACGCAUCGUUUCCUGCCGAGGGACUCUUCGUCAGCUGGCCCAGGUUCGUUGCCAUUUUCAAGGACGCACCCCACCCCGAGUCUUCCAAGCUCUUUGCCAACUUCCUGUUGAGUGAUGAGUUCCAGCGCAACUCGUCGCAAUGGAGCGCCCGCAAGGAUAUUACUGCCCCUGGAGGCUACCCGGGUAUUCUGGAUAUGGACACGACCAACUCUGCUGAAUACCUUCGCUUCAUGUCGGAUCGUGGUAGAGUGGAGGCUCUUCGAAUGAUGUUCGAGGAUAGAAUCGGUAUGCCGCAAGGCCCCAGCCCUCUGGUCGAUGACCUUUGA